AUGGGUUUGUUAGUGGUGAAAUGCAUGCUGCUGUGUGCAUUGAUGCAUGGAGCGGUGUGUGCCUGUAUGCUGAAGAAUCACACCAUAUGGAUUGAGAGGCACGACUGUGGCCAGUGUGUGGCCAUCAACACUACCAUCUGCAGCGGCUACUGUUACACACAGGACACCAAUUUGAGGGGACGGCUUGGGAGGAGUUUCCUGAUCCAGCGCAGCUGUGUGCCUCUGUCCUUGGUGUACCGAGCUGCCCAUGUGCCAGGCUGCCCUCAGGAUGUCAGCCCUCAGCUGUUUUAUCCUGCGGCCAACCGCUGCAGCUGCAGGCGCUGCAACACGCGCACACAUCACUGUGUUCGCAACAGCCGGAUCCCUAAUGACCGGUGCACCGUGACCCUUGGCCAGACGCCGCCCUCUGUGGGAACCUGCUAACCAAAUGCACAUGCAUGGCAAUGCGACAGCUGAUGGACUCUCUGCUUGUUGAUGUCAGUGUUGUGCAUCUCAGCUCCUCAUAUUGUUUUCUCUAGUUUGUUUGGCAAUGUAGGCUAUUGCUAUAAAACACUAUGUUGAACAUGUAUUUAACUUUAUUGGGAAAAUUGUGUAAAUUAAUCAAUGACAAUGAAUAUACAAGCAACAGAUGAGUGCAUAAUACGUGUAUUUCCAUA